AUGGCCGGGCCCGCGAUGCUGGCGGCCGCCGCCCUGGCGCUGGUCCUGCUGCUGACGCCGCCCGGGUGCGCGUGGUACAAGCCAGCGGCCGGGGCCAGCUACUACUCGGUGGGCCGCGCCGCCGGGCUCCUCUCCGGUUUCCGCAGGUCCCCGUAUGCACGUCGCGACCAGCCCCCCGUCGGGGUGGGAUCCCUGGGCCAGGCCGACGCCCUCCCGGAACUGCGCCCCAGCCUGCGGAGCCUCGCCGUGUGCGUCCGGCACGUCAUCCCGAGCCUGCAGAGCUGCGCGCAGCUCCCCGACAGCAUCGGGACCUUCGAGUGCAAGGAGAAAGUCCUCCAGUCGCUGCGCGCCGCUGACUGUCGCCGCGUCUGAGCCCGGACCCCGGACCCCGACCUCGCUCGGCUCCCUCCCGGUCCCCAGACCUCCCCCGCCCCAUCAGUAAAGGAUUAAAGAAAUAAAGCAAGA